CCCGAGCAGCGCCAACUUCGCCAACGGUUCCCAAGUUGCCGGGCGCGCAGGGGUGGGAGCUGGGUGGGGUGAGGAAGAGGAGGAGGAGGAGGAGAGCUCCCGGGCGCCUUGGACGCGGUUCAGGAAUCCGCUGCCGCUCGCCGGCUCGGGCCGGAGCGGGGAGGGCGCCAGGCAGGACCGCUAGCCCGCUUGCUGCGCAGGACGGCGCCCGCCUGGCGCCGCUUCCCUUCCCGCGUGCCGACCCGCCGGGCCGCGCCUGCAUCCCUCCUGCCCGCCCCGGGGAGGGCGCACAGCCCGGGCCGCGCGGGCGCCGGGGCCGCGGAGCCGCUUCUGCCGGGAUCUUCCAAGAGGAAGGCGAAGUUGCGAGCGGAUGCUGCCCGCGCCGGACCCCAGCCGCGGAGGGUCGGGGCCGCCAGCGCCGGAGGAGCCUCGGCGGCCGGGGACGAGGGUGUCCCCCACCUGAAGACGACAAGCCAGGUCCUGAGUGAUGCCCCUGAGCUGAGUGUCCAAGGCCAGCCUGAGGUGCCCCCAUGGCCCCGUCUUUCCCCAUGGAGAAAGGACUGACUUUGCCCCAGGAUUGUCGGGACUUUGUGCACAGCCUGAAGAUGAGGAGCAAAUAUGCCCUUUUCUUGAUUUUCGUGGUGAUAGUUUUUGUCUUCAUUGAAAAGGAAAAUAAAAUCAUAUCAAGGGUCUCAGACAGGCUGAAGCAGAUCCCCCAAGCCCUGGCAGAUGCCAACAGCACGGACCCAGCCCUGGUCUUGGCUGAGAACGCGUCUCUCUUGUCCCUGAGCGAGCUAGAUUCAGCCUUCUCCCAGCUAAAGAGCCGUCUCCACAACCUCAGCCUGCAGCUGGGCGUGGAGCCAGCAGCGAAGGCCGCUGGGGAGGAAGAGGAGGAGGGAGAAGAGCAGGAGGAGCCGCCCAGACCGGCCGCGGAGGGGCCCCGGCGCCACGUGCUGCUCAUGGCCACCACGCGCACCGGCUCCUCGUUCGUGGGCGAGUUCUUCAACCAGCAGGGCAACAUCUUCUACCUCUUCGAGCCGCUGUGGCACAUCGAGCGCACGGUGUCCUUCGAGCCGGGGGGCGCCAACGCCGCGGGCUCGGCUCUGGUGUACCGCGACGUGCUCAAGCAGCUCUUCCUGUGCGACCUGUACGUGCUGGAGCCCUUCAUCACGCCGCUGCCCGAGGACCACCUGACCCAGUUCAUGUUCCGCCGCGGCUCCAGCCGCUCCCUGUGCGAGGACCCCGUCUGCACGCCCUUCGUCAAGAAGGUCUUCGAGAAGUACCACUGCAAGAACCGCCGCUGCGGCCCCCUCAACGUGACGCUGGCCGCCGAGGCCUGCCGCCGCAAGGACCACAUGGCCCUCAAGGCCGUGCGCAUGAGGCAGCUGGAGUUCCUGCAGCCGCUGGCCGAGGACCCCCGCCUGGACCUGCGCGUCAUCCAGCUUGUGCGCGACCCCCGCGCCGUGCUGGCCUCGCGCAUGGUGGCCUUCGCCGGCAAGUACAAGACCUGGAAGAAGUGGCUGGACGACGAGGGCCAGGACCAGCUGAGGGAGGAGGAGGUGCAGCGGCUGCGGGGCAACUGCGAGAGCAUCCGCCUGUCCGCCGAGCUGGGGCUGCGGCAGCCCGCCUGGCUGCGGGGCCGCUACAUGCUGGUGCGCUACGAGGACGUGGCGCGCAGGCCGCUGCAGAAGGCCCGCGAGAUGUACCACUUCGCCGGCAUCCCCCUGACCCCGCAGGUGGAGGACUGGAUCCAGAAGAACACGCAGGCGGCCCACGACGGCAGCGGCAUCUACUCCACCCAGAAGAACUCCUCGGAGCAGUUCGAGAAGUGGCGCUUCAGCAUGCCCUUCAAGCUGGCCCAGGUGGUGCAGGCUGCCUGCGGCACCGCCAUGCGCCUCUUCGGCUACAAACUGGCGGACGACGCCGCCGCCCUCACCAACCGCUCGCUCAGCCUGCUGGAGGAGCGGGGCACCUUCUGGGUCACGUAGGGGGGGCCGGGGCCCGGUGUGCCCCUCCUGGUGAAAGGCCUGCCCCGCCUUUCUGCCGCAGCCCUCGCAGAGGGCGGGUGCGCAGCGUGGUGAGCGGGCGGCGUCUCCUAUAGUAGUAGGGCCCCCAGCCAGCGCUCCCACCGCAGCGGCGGCCCCAGGGUUAAUCGUGGAGAACAUGACAGUGCCCCGACCCCUUGAGGGCCAUCUCACCCAGAUCCAAGGGGCUGCAGCCUCCUGAACAGGCCCAGGCAGGCCCGGGCCUGUUGGCAAGCUUCAAUCUCACACACACAGAAACACAUUCGUGCCUGGAGACCCUGCAGGUCAGAGUCUAAAUAUUUAAUAACCAGAAGGAGCAAGGCUCUGACCAGUGAUAGUCAGACCUCCUGCUUUAUUUGAUGUUAACUGUUUCUUGUCUGGAUGGUGAAGUCUGAAAUCUGGGUGGAUCCUUGGAAGAGGGGCUGGGACAGCCCAGGGUGUCAAAGGUGGCAUUUGAAGCUCAUUUGAGGUGACAGUGGCUGUUUACCAACCAGUACAGAGCGAGUCAGCAUUUUCAUGAAUGGGGUGGCUGUGCUGGCUACUGAUGAAUCAGGUCCCCGUAUAGAGCUGCAAAGCACACACAUGCGUAUAGACACACAUGCGUGUAUACCACACGCGGACAGGCAUCAUAAAGGCACAAUGCACACACAUCUAUGCAGACAAGCUUCCUUGCUGCUUAUGCUCACAGGGUUUUUCUGUAUCACACGCCUCAGAGGAGCCUGUGAUUGCAUUUGUAGGAUUAUUUGGAAGGCAGGGCAGGGGAAGGAAACACG